GUGUGCGCGCGGAGCUCUGUCCGGGCGGGGGACAGUGACUCUGGUUCCGAGGGGGAUGGGGCCGACGUGGCUGGUGCUGGGAGGCGGGGCUGAGAGGCCAGCCGGGGAGUCCCGAGCGGAGCCGCAGCUGGAUGGCAGGGGCAGCCCGGAGCGCGCCGCCGCACGAGAUUGGCCAGCCAGGCUGAAACUGCUCAGCGAUGACAGGGCAAAGGUUUCUGCUUCAUGGGACGCUUGCCUUGUUUCUGCUCAGCAUCCCCUGUGAAGCCCAGGAGCUCCAAGUGGGCAAGGCCACCACCGGUGCCAGUCCUCUGUGUGAGAAAGAGGCCAAGUCCUGGGGAACUCUGUUCAGUGGGGAGCGACUGGAUGCUUGGAUCUUUUCUCUGAUUGGCUCAGUUAUGGUGGGGCUGAGUGGAGUCUUCCCCCUGCUGGUAGUUCCCCUUGAGACAGGAGCUGCUCUGCAAUCAGAAGUGGGAUCCAAUCGUUUGAAGCAGCUGUUGAGUUUUGCAAUUGGUGGGCUUCUGGGGAAUGUAUUUCUCCACCUCCUCCCUGAGGCUUGGGCCUACACCUGCAGCGCCACUGCAGGAGGUGGGCAGAGCUUGCAGCAGCAAAAGCUUCUUGGCCUCUGGGUGAUCAUUGGCUUCCUGACCUUCCUGGCAUUGGAGAAGAUGUUCCUAGAGAGUGAGAAGCAAGAAUGGCCCAGUGCGGGCAAUCAUUCCAAAGCACCUUCCGGAGGGAUUCCAAAUGGAAACAGCUUCUCCCUGCAGAAAGUAGCAGGCACAGUCCAAAGAGCAGAAACAAACAUGGCUCAGUGUAAUGGCUCCUCUCUCUCGUCUUGCCCACCAGACCGAAGAAUCAAGAUCAGUGGAUACCUUAACCUGUUGGCUAAUACCAUUGAUAACUUCACACAUGGCCUGGCGGUGGCAGCCAGCUUCCUGGUUAGCAGAAAGGUUGGGCUCCUAACCACCCUGGCAAUCCUACUGCACGAAAUCCCACAUGAGGUAGGAGACUUUGCCAUCCUGCUCCGGGCUGGGUUUGACCGCUGGAGUGCAGCCAAGAUGCAGCUUUCCACAGCUCUGGGUGGAAUUCUAGGAACCUGCUUUGCAAUCUGUUCUCAGUCGCCUAAAGGAACAGGGGAAACUGUAGCUUGGAUUCUCCCAUUCACCUCCGGGGGAUUCCUGUACAUUGCCUUGGUAAACGUUGUGCCUGACCUCCUAGAGGAGAAGAAUCCCUGGAACUCCGUGCAGCAGAUCCUUCUCCUGUGCACAGGCAUUACAGUCAUGGUGCUGCUCUCACUCACUACAGAAUGACCUCCUCUCAGACCUCCUCAUGCUGCCUCCCAGAGCUGCAUUGACUUUGAGCUGUUACAAAGCAAUAAGGAACACUAAUGUAACUUCCUGUGUGUGCGCUUAUGGGUCCAGCUGCUAGUGUGAGAGGCAGUUGAGAAAAAGAGGGAGUCAUUGGGGAUGCUGGACUCCAUUCCCUGGCUCUUCUAUCCCUGCUCUGUUAAAAUCCCACAAACCAGGGCUUCCAAUGUUGGUGUUUUAUGGAGUGAAAGCUUUUAAGGAGAAGAAAUGAACCAACAACCUGUUCCAAGGAGAACAGACUGUCUCACCCUGGAGUAAGAACAAGUGUUGGAAUUGCACAUCUUAAGCUGCUCAGUGAAUAGACAAGAUCCCUGUAUCUGGCAAAGAAGGAUUUACCUGCUACUCCAGGCUUAGAAAGAAAACAAUUUCCCCAAAGCAGCAGCAAACCACCAACAUUCCCCAGUGUAGCCUACCUGGCAGGAGCAAAGGUACUAUCAAAACCACAUGGGUGCAUAGAGGUGAGAAGGCCCCUUCCCACGCAGCCCUCAUUUAUCAGUAGAAAAAUGGGAUGGUGUCAGCCCGGACAGUCUGCCUCUCUGAGUUCUUCUGCCUUAGCUUUGAAAUCAGGCCUAAUACUUGGGGCAGGUUGGGAUAGGAGGUUAUAUAGCUUAGCCUGAAAGCUUCUGCCUUUAACCUUAACUCCUCUGUUUAGAGAAUCUAUCCCCUCCCCUGUUCAACACAGCCUAAGUGCAUAUUUGAGAAAUGGUCAGCAAAUGUUUCCUAUCAUCCCAGAUCAUCAGCUCAUCUAUAUCUGGGGGAAACCUGCUCAGUCACUGCCCCCCUCCUAAGGCCUCUCAUCAGCAGGUGUAGAGUGAGCAGGGCCUGGACUCUGGCCUCCACCAGAGGAGGAAUGGGGGGGGAGGAGGAAUGGAGGAGAGAGAAAACACUGACUAUACAUAGAGAAAGGGCAGAGUAGAGAAGAAAACAUCGUGUGUGUGUGUGUGUGUGUGUGUGGAAGAGAUGGAUGGGGCAGUGUUUCGGUCCCUGAGAUUUCCGACACAGUUUAGGAAGGCAGCAAGCCGGUCCCUGGUAUCAAAAAGGUUGAGGAACACUGGAAAGGGGAACCUGCCGGUGAGAAGGAUGAAAAGUGAGUCUGAAAUCACUGUGGCUGUAAAGCUUGGAGAAGGAAUCUGAGUGUGACGGUGACUGUGCCCUUGAGUUGAAGUCAUGUGGUGUCUGGGAUCCCAUUUGAUGCCAGUUUAACCGACUAGUAAAACUAAAUCUAAAAAUUCCUGGUUUAAACUGAUGGGGAUUACCAACUCUGACAACCUCACCUCCUCUGGAAUGUCAGAACUCCCUAAACAUAUGCACACUUGCUUAGGCUUUACCUAUAGGAGAAAGUUGCACUGAUUUUAAUUAAAUCUGUUUAGAACCAAUGUAGUUAAAUUAAUGCAACCUCCUUGUGUGAGGCACAAAAUAAGAGUCCACAACAGGAUGUUCUGAAUCCUUCCUGUGCCAUCAGACAUCACAUAGGAUACAAAUGAGCUCUGCCAUUAACCAGGGGUUGCAUCAAUUUAAAUCUGUAUCUAAAUUGCUUGUUAAAUAAACACAGCUUUCUUGUGUAGCCAGGACCUUUUUGAAAAGGGCUGGCUCCUGAUGCUGUUCAGGACAUUUAGGGCUCCAGUGAGUGGCCAGGUUGGCUAAGGCAGUAACAAGCCAGAAGCACUGCCCAGAGCAGGUUGCCCUCAUUUCCUUUAGAGCUUUGAAAAUGUUGACGAUUUCCAUAUGGUAGCUUCCCUGCCACUUUCUGAAGAAAGCCUGAGAACUUCUGCUUGCAACGUUCUCUGCAGAUGGGCCAGUGACUAAAAUCCCUACAGCGUUUCUUACACCUAUCCCUACAUUACCAGCUAGAUCUGUUGGAGCCAUGAGGGAGGCUAUUUCAGUGCAAUGCUCUUUGACCCUGGAAAGUUGCCUUCCCAUGACAGCUGCUGCCUAUAUCAUCCAGCUGCUGUGAGCUCCAAUGAAGCAGUCACCCUCUUCGUUUGAGGCAUCAGAGAUGACCCCUACCCCUUAAGAACUCAGAGAGGCCCCAAGAUACUAUUUCCACCACAGUGUGGCUAGUUUACCUGGGGGUUGGAGCUACAAAACCUCUGGUGUGGGAGCCUGGAGGAAGCAAAUGUAUGUACACCCAGCACUUCCCAAGAGUUUGUUAAUUGAAAAUCAGGUUGGCAUUUUUUAAGUUAAGGGCCCAGUGCAUUGCAGGGCUUAGUGCCUGGGCCUUGGUGCUAUUGCAUCAGUGCCGGGUUUGGCCAAGAAUGUAAACCACAGCAGGGAUUCUGCUCAGUGUUCAGGAAUGUGCAGUGGGUGACACUGAAGCAUUAAUCACAGAGCUGUUUCUUUUGGCUGGCAGCCCAAGCCUGGACUAAGUCUGCAGUUCUUGGGAAGCUACACCCACAGGGGCAGCACAGGGCUUUAAAGAGCGAUGGUUAGCUGCUCCACUGCAUGCUGAAACAAGGGCCUGUGGGAGGGAGGCUGUUAGCCACUCCACUACAUUUGUCACUUUUGGAAAUGCAGAAAAAAUCCUAUUUUCUAGCUCUAUUUUUUCAGCUACUCUUGUGCAUUUUCCCAUUCAUCUGUAUUGAUCUGAUCUGCAUGGAGACAAUAGAGAUGAAAUAAAUGGUACUGAGUA